UUUGCCUUUUCUAUGUUUUAUGAGUGGAAUUAUAGAGAGCAAAUGAGGUGAGAAUGUUCCAUAUUACAAGCUUCUGAGGGUAGGUUCUCGACACCUGCCAAGGGCAGACCGAAACGGAAACGCGAUAGAGACAUAGUUUCACCACUUUCUGUUUCUUUCUUGGUCCUCCCGGCUCAACGCAGCUGCCCGGAGCCCCAGAGGUGGGGGAGACGAAGAGAAAAGCCAUGAGGGCUGGGCUUCUUUUUCCGUUGUUCGUGGGGCUCUGCUCGUUGCAGCAUGUCGCUGUUUCGGCCGCCCCCGAGAUUUUAUCGAAGAGUAUGAUGACGUGCACAGCGUCACCGGGGGAGUUCUCCCAGCGGGAUUGCAGCAAAGUCUUCGACUUUGCCGGCACCGUCGGCACACUGAGUUAUUCCGACCCUUCGAGCACAGCAAUCAAGACGAACGGCGCUACAGACGCUGCAAGCGGGGACCAGGACUUUUUUGAGGUCACUUUCAACCGUGGGGCGCUGUACUUGGACUAUUUUAAGAUCUGGCUCCCGACUACCGGGUUAGAGAGCGACGACGAUCGGCUGCAAAAGCGGCAGCUAUCCUGAGUCGAGACCUCCGCCCCACCUUCCGCUUACAGGCAAAAUAGGAAGUACUCUGUGAGACAAAUGCAAGAGUAGUUCCGAGAAAUUUGCGUGGAUGAAGACAGGUUCUUUGCUGGCUAUAGCGCAGCGUAGCUGUAGUCUUGUUGCCUACUAGCUAGUCGAGCUGCACUAGGUAAUAUCCGCUCUCAUGAUUUCCAGAUCAGCGCAUGACACUACAUGUCGGAAGUCGACUAAAAAGUGCCUCCCGUGCGGAGCCGCAUUAGAGAUCGAUGUUCUGGGUUUGCGAAUUAUACGCAGGACAAUUCUGGGGUGGGGGCUAUGUAUUAAGGAUAGCAGCUGCAGUUUCUGAUGGAAAACGACACGUACGUGCCCCUGGAUACGCUCACGGCGAGCAAUCCGGUGAGCACUGUGACUGCGGGCAUACUGCCGGAUAUGAUUGCGGGCAACGUCGUAGCAAAAUGGAAGCUGUCGCUGUCGCUCCACGUCGUGUAGAGUUGCGGUGUAUUGUAAGUGGUAAUUUCGUGUCUUUCAAAGAAAUGAUAAUGACCGCUGGUACAACAACCUCUUCGCUAGAGCCUUUCUUGUAGCUAUCACAUGGAAUAUCCAACAGGAGCCGUGUCGAAUCGACGUGCUGCUCCUUUUUCAUGGAUUGCAUUCCGGUUUUUGCAUGCCUCUUGAGAUUUGCUGUUUCGGUGCUGAGGUGAGUUAGAUGUCUUGGCCGCGUGUGACACUUCUGAGCGUAGGCGUACUAUCUUGGGGUACUAUCUUGAAACUAAGACGACGUCGACGGGGCGGGAUGACUUUUCGCACAGGGAUACGACGGAGUCGAAAAAACUGGCACGGAUGGCGUCAAAGCGGAGGAUAAAGACGGCACUACUGUGACCGUUGAACAGUGGGUCAAGGGCUUCAAGAUCGGGGGUGAGAGUCGAACGAAGAUCAUCGCAAUCGGGGGCUUGCAACUUUUCGUGGACGUAUUGGUUGAUUCCUAGUAUUGAGUCCUGUGGUUGAGGAUGCGUUUGAGGUGUGUUCUUUAGCACCACCUUGCUAAUUCUUUCGUGGUUGAAGUCAUCUCGUCGCAGGUGGUAGUAAUGCCAGCAAGUGUGUUGGAAUAUGCAUUUAUGAUCAUAAUGUCUUUCUUCGAUGCAAAGGCAAACGUUGAAGCUGCGUGUCCUAAAAAUCAAAGAAAUGCAAUUUGUGCAAGAACGACAACACUUACAGUAUGCGAAGACAAAUCCUUCCGUGGUGGCUCUUUUGUCGCAAGCGCAGAAAAUGACGACCCCCGAACUAAGCUGCAACACCACGUCGGGCGACACCGCAAACUGCGGCGUGGUUUUCAACAAGGACGAUUCUACCAACACACAAACGGGAAACGGCACGGAUUCCACGGUGUACACGACCUCCGGUGGCGGAAAUGACUAUUUCGACGUAACCUUCGACGACGGGGCUAUCUGGUUAGAGAGUUUCAAGAUUUGGCGCUCGGCGGGGACCGUAUCAAAAGGAAAAAUCCUCCCUUCCUGUAUUGAAAACGCAUCCGCCUGAAAAUUUGUGGUGCAGAUUGGUGACGACAAGCCCCUGUCUGUCUUGCAAGAAUGCAAAUCCAGAGCGUUCGCCGCAUUAUGCGGGCGGUUUGUGAUGCUGUUGGGCUAACAGUGUCGACAUUUGUCACGCUAGGGGCCUACGUCAAAACCUCGCGGCUCAGGCUUGGCAUAUGCCUGCAGUCCUGUACUGCAAGACAAAUCAGAUUUGUGCACGGAAAUUAAUUGAGCAUCAGAAAUUUUGUUUUGAUAUGGGGAGGGGGGAUUUUUCACCACAAGAGACCGCGACGGAUUCCUCGUUGCAGAACCGCACACUGCAACUCAUCAUCCCGGGCGAUCCGAGCGACACCUACGAGGACUGCGAUGCCUGCACGGCAGAAAAUCCAAUUCAGACGACCGCAUUGGCCGGGAGGUUGCCGUUGAACAUUGUGAACGCUCAGGAUGACCUCGACGGUGCGGUAGAUGCAGAGGGGACAGUGAUAAAUGUUUAUCAUACAGCAACUUGUGAAGUUCAGAGUCACAGAACUAGUAGGCUUUUCUCAUGCAGUUGUUUCGAAUGCGAAUGAUGCGCUGACUCAGGCAGAACUUAUUUCGUAAGAGUUGUCACGGGUAGGCAUUGAUUUUUAGCGGUCUAGUCCUAUGUGUCGCAGGCGGUUUUCAUCACUCGUGGUGAUGAGUUACUGCGUAUCGUAUGGUCAGCGGCUGUUGACUCAGGCCUUGGUAGUUUCACGGAACAGCUGCGGGAAGUAUGUGAAGGGGAUCCGCAUCGGUGGCGACGACCCCACCAUGAAAGUCGAGAUUGGGGGAUUGCAGCUUUUUCGCCGGGUACUUAAGCAAUAUUUUUUCUCAGGAGGCGGAGUUGAUUGACUAAAGUAGAUUACACCAAUGGCAUUGCUAAUGCUCACACUGUGAAUGAAGAGAAAGAUGAUGACCUGAGUCAGCAUUCGAUAUUGUUUCAAUUCGAAAACUACUUAUUAAUGCAACAACAGUACGACAAGGGACGGCCGUCGGAUGCGGCCAAGCGCAUUGAGCAAGCGAAUCUCGUGGCGAGCUUUGUCCGGGCGGGGUUGAAGGCCUUGAUGAACUGCAAUACGAACUGCCCAGAUGGCAUGACCCAGAUUAAUGCGACGAGCGAAGAGGCCUUUUGCAGCAAGAUGCAGGCUAUGCAUUGCAAAUAUGUCGUCCGGGUCUGGGAGAGUGCAGAAGUUUGAUAUGCAGAUUUCGCAUGGCCCAGAGAAUCUGGCUCGGGAAUGUGAGGCCUAACAUGUUGACAAGUUUUGUGAGGGCUUCGCAGUGGCCAGUUCGCUUGGGAAAUCCUCUCUCAAGGUGUCCAAAAGUGAACGGCUUUUCCAACUUUUGUACUUAUGGUUAUGACAGGCAGCACGGUGGAGCAUCACAAAUUUGCAUUCUUCCAGACCCAGACACAUUUGCAUCCGAUACAGGUGGGACUGGCCCAGGGCUUCAUCGACAGCAUGCGGUGAGCAAAAACGAUAAAAAAAAUGUCGUUGGAGACGUCCGCACUUCGUCUCCCCGCUGUCAUGAUAAUUGAUCGUGAUCAUUAAUGUAGACAACGAACGUAAUACCUUUACCUUUCGAAAAGUCAUUUUUGUAUAUCCCUGGGAAAAACGGCAGCGCAGCGCUGGGAAUUUUUUUACUGAUCAAGUUUCUCUCUAGUAUUUCUAUUCUGGAAAUUUUUCGUUUCGUAGAAACAAAUGGAAUGUAGAAUUUAUCAAGGAUGAAGAAGGUACACACACAUAAUGACGCGGUCCGCCUGGGUUUUUAUUCAAUUCAAAAGGAAAAGAAAAAGCGAAAAGAGAGAGCACAGAACCGCACUCAAUGGAUAUCGUGUCUGGCAAUUCUGAUUAUCAAAUAAUCACGCAACAAACGCAUCGCGCGAAUGGCAACUUUGAGGCCCCCGCUAAU